CCGACACUCUUUGACACGGAGAGUCCCCGUAAGCCUAGUUGACAACUCGCCUACUGUCCCUUUGUGACCAGCUUUUCGGCAGAAUGCCCGGUCUAUGCUUGUUUUGUCUCACUGCCGUGCUCGCUGCAUUCACACGGUUCGCGGAGACCGUGGGGACGGUGGUCCGAUGCGAGCCGUGUGACACCGUGGCUCUCAUGCAGUGCAAGCCUCUGGCAAAAGACUGCGCCGACAGGGUAAGGGAGCCUGGCUGUGGGUGCUGUCUGACGUGCGCCCUUGCGGAGGGUCAGGCGUGUGGAGUGUACACCGGGCGCUGUGGCUCUGGGCUGACUUGUCAGCACCAACCCGGGGAGACCCGACCACUGCAAGCCCUGCUAGAGGGACGGGGAGCGUGCUCCAGCGUCGCGUCCAAAACACUCAGCCCCAUUCUGCUCCCCACAGAGAAACAAGAGAACGCAGGCAGGGAGCAGGUGGUGGCAGGGGAAGAGUUGCGUACCAAUGUCACCGUGAUGACUACCAUGGCGGUGGGUGUGGUUGUUGUUGAAGGCGGAGGCGGCAAACACCGAGUGGCGAUAGAGGCCAAACCGCCGCUGCAACCCAAGCUGGAUGUGAUCAAGAAGGAGCAGAAUAAGAAGAGCCAGAGCUACAAGAUGGAGUCAGGAUCUGGGGGAGUCAAAGCCAACAUUCCCAGGUUUUCUCUGGAGGACAAGAGGGAGACCGAAUAUGGCCCAUGCAAGAGAGAGAUGGAGAGCAUUCUGAACCGUCUUAAAAUCUCCAAUGUGCUCAUCCCCAGAGGCGUCCGCAUCCCCAACUGUGACAAAAAAGGCUUCUACAAGAAAAAACAAUGCCGUCCAUCCAAAGGGAGGAAGCGAGGUUACUGCUGGUGUGUGGAUAAGUACGGUCAGCCUCUCCCCAGCUACGAUGGAAAGGAGAGAGGAGAAUCCCAGUGCAACAACCUGGAGAACAAAUGAGAAGCAGAGAGAGUGGAUGGAUGGAGAGAAAGAACGAAGCAAGGAGGAGAGAGGAAUAGGAGAGAGACUUUUUUUCACUCCGGCCCUUCACAAAGCACAGUCAAAAAGAGCGCCAGACUGUUGACCUCAGGUCACAUGACUGCCGGAUAGGGAAGGGGGAGGGGGAGGGAGUAAGAAGACUGGGGAGCACAGCCUAUAGGCCAAGCCUUCUGUCCAUCGUUUAUAGCUAUCUGCUCUGUGCUAUGGGAACCUCCUCACCUUGUAUGAAAACAAGAGAGAGAGAAACUAAUCAUCUCCACUAUUCUUUUAGAGAGAGAUGGAGGGACUUUUCCACUGUAUUUAAAGUGUGAGUGACUGUGACCCAACUCAAUGUGUGUAUGUGUGUUUGUGUGUGUGUGUAUGUGUGUUUGUGUGUGUAUGCGUGUGUAAAUGCUGUCUUUCACUAAAGAUCAGUUUAGAGAUGUUAGAACACCCAAAUCCAGCCCCCUUCCAUCCUGUCAUGCCGAAACUUCUCCUCUUUCUCAGGGUCCAUCAUUAUGAAGUGAAGGCUUAUGGUUUGGCCAGCCUCUGAUCUCUUUCAUGCAUCUUGGACAACACUGGCAUUCCCCACUGUCUCCAAAGCAACCAGCUUGUCCAACCCGAUGUGCUGCGUCACAUUUACAGGUUUAGGGGGGAACGAAUGGAGACAGUGCCCAAUAACGGUGCCUUAAAACCCCACACUGCCCCCCUCACCCUCUCCGCCCUCUCUCCCCCAUCCCUAACCCCUAUCCCUCCAUUUCCCAUAGUCCUUCCUUUGCCUUCUGCAGUCCUCAUAGGUGCUCACAUAGUUUUACCACCAUUCAGCCCUGGAGUCUGGUCUGGUUAGUUAGCUGGUGGGUUAGCCGAGCCAAGCUUAGCUGCCAAACCAUCACUCCUCCAGUCAGGAAAUAGGGCCAGCAUUGUUGUCAUAACAACUUGGUCCCUCUAUCUGCAGUCCUCUUCCUGUUUAUGGUGAGUAUGGCCGGUUGUAGGGUCCUUUAGACUGGGCAUGCUCGGUGAGACUGGAUUGCUCUCUCUUCAAUAGGUCCCCAUUCUUCGAGCCCAAGCGCAAUCACUUAAAGCACUUCAGCUGCAUCCAACCAACCGAUUUGGACCAAUUAUAAAUAAUUAGGUGGGUGCUUAUGUUUGUCCUGUUUAUUAUACAAGUGUGUAUUAUACACGUGAAAUUAGAAAUGUGUUUUUUUGCAUAUCCCUACUCCACCUGAGACACCCUCGGAGAGUGAGGUCAAUGCCAGGUCUUCCAUUAUCAAUGGCAACCCCGGAUCAAUUAGUUAAGUGCCUUGUUUACAUCAACAGAUUUUUCACCUUGUCAGCUUGGGGAUUCAAGCUACCAGCCUUUCAAACUACCACAAAGCUCUAACCGCUAGACUACCUGCCUCCCAUAGCAUAGCAAUAAUGCAGUACCUUUUCCAUAGUGGCAACAUUUGACAAGGUUUAUAGCACUGUAGAACAAAACAACAAGAAAUACAAUCAACAACAACAAAAUAUAUAUAUAUAUAUAUAUGCUACACCAGGACUUCAGACAGUGAUCUUACUCAGCCUAGUAAACAAACGGCACUCCUCAGAAUUUACAUUCAAUUCAAAGGGUGUUUUCUUUUAAUUUAUAUUGUUCUUGGAGAUGCUUGUAUGAUCUUAUGCCAACAACUCCACAAGAUGGACACAGCACCAAAUAUGCACUCAAGAAGCAGACAGGGGGUCUGAGGAAAGGGGCGUGGUUCUCCUAGAGAUGCUUCCUGCUUCCUCUAUUGCGCUUUCACAUAUCCUGUGUCCAAAAUGGCACCAUAUUUGGAUGACAUUUCAGAUGCAGACUUUAACAGUGGAGAGUGCAUAAGAAGGAAUGCUAGCCCAGUAGCUUGGUUGCACUGAAUCAGCUACAAAGUAACUUUCAAAAAAACAACCACAACAACUUCAAACCAACCUACCCGCUGGUACUAUAUCACAUUUUGUCAGAGCACUUCAUUUAACGGUGAGUUGCAUAAAAGUAUGUUUAAGCUAUUGCCCUGCCCCCUUCCCUGUUAUUUGUGUCUUUGUAAUUAUUAUAAUUUUUUUCCUGGAAGCUAUGUGUCUGAAUAGACGUACAGUGCCAACAGAAAGUAUUCAAACCCCUUAACUUUUUCCACAUUUUGUUAGGUUAUUCUAAAAUGGAUUAAAUACUUUUUUCCCCUCAUCAAUCUACACACAA